AUUCAUUGUUUACUAUUCUAGUAAUCUAGACUCCCUCCACAUAUCUAAUAUUCUUAAUAGUGAAUUCAACAUAUGGCUGAAGCUUUCAGUAAAGAUCUGAUAGACAAUCUCACUUCUUUCCUCAAAGGGGAACUUGCAUUGCUUUUCGGUUUUCAAAAUGAGUUCCAAAGGCUUUUAAGCAUCUUCUCUACAAUCCAAACCGUCCUUGAAGCAACUCAAGGAAAAUCUCACUUCUUUACUCAAAAUUACAGUUCCUCUAAUAUUCGUAAUAGCGAAUUCCACACAUGACUGAAGCUUUCAUUCAAGUUCUGUUAGAAAAUCUAUCUUACUUCCUUAAAGGGGAACUUGUAUUGCUUUUCGGUUUUGAAAAUGAGUUCCAAAGGCUUUCAAGCAUGUUUUCUACAAUACAAGCGGUCCUUGAAGAUGCUGAGGAGAAGCAACUCAAGGACAAGCCACUAGAAAAUUGGUUGCAAAAACUCAAUGCUGCUACAUAUGAAGUGGAUGACAUCUUGGAUGAAUAUAAAACUAAAGCCAAACGAUUCUUGCAGUCUGAAUAUGGUCGUUAUCAUCCAAAGGCUAUCCCUUUCCGUCGCAAGGUCGGGAAAAGGAUGGACCAAGUGAUGAAAAAACUAAAUGCAAUUGCUGAGGAAAGAAAGAAUUUCCAUUUGCACGAAAAGAUUAUAGAGAGACAAGCUGCUAGACAAGAAACAGGUUCUGUAUUAACUGAACCACAAGUUUAUGGAAGGGGCAAAGAGGAAGAUGAGAUAGUGAAAAUCCUGAUAAAAAAUGUUAGUGAUGCCCAAGAACUUUCAGUCCUCCCAAUACUUGGUAUGGGGGGACUAGGAAAGACGACUCUUGCCCAAAUGGUCUUCAAUGAUCAGAGAGUAACUGAGCAUUUCCAUCCCAAAAUAUGGAUUUGUGUCUCGGAUAAUUUUGAUGAGAAGAGGUUGAUAAAGGCAAUUGUAGAAUCUAUCGAAGGAAAGUAUCUUGGUGACAUGGACUUGGAUCCCCUUCAAAAGAAGCUUCAGGAGCUGCUGGAUGGAAAAAGAUACUUUCUUGUCUUAGAUGAUGUUUGGAAUGAAGAUCAAGAGAAGUGGUCUAGUUUAAGAGCAGUCUUGAAGGUUGGAGCGAGUGGUGCUUCUGUUCUAACCACUACUCGUCUUGAAAAGGUUGGAUCAAUUAUGGGAACUGUGCAACCAUAUGAAUUGUCAAAUCUGUCUCAAGAAGAUUGUUGGUUGUUGUUCAUGCAACGUGCAUUUGGACACCAAGAAAAAAUAAAUCCUAACCUUGUGGCUAUCGGAAAGGUGAUUGUGAAAACAUGUGGUGGUGUGCCUCUAGCAGCCAAGACUCUUGGAGGUAUUUUGCGCUUCAAAAGAGAAGAAAGAGAAUGGGAACAUGUGAGAGAUAAUGUGAUUUGGAAUUUGCCUCAAGAUGGAAGUUCUAUUCUGCCUACCCUGAGACUUAGUUAUCAUCAUCUUCCACCUGAUUUGAGACCAUGCUUUGUGUAUUGUGCGGUGUUCCCAAAGGAUACUGAAAUGGAAAAGGAAAAUCUAAUCUCUCUCUGGAUGGCACAUGGUUUUCUUUUAUCGAAAGGAAACUUGGAGCUAGAGGAUGUAGGUAAUGAAGUAUGGAAUGAAUUAUACUUGAGGUCUUUCUUCCAAGAGAUUGAAGUUAAAUCUGGUAAAACUUAUUUCAAGAUGCAUGAUAUCAUUCAUGAUUUGGCUACAUCUCUGUUUUCGGCAAGCGCAUCAAGCAGCAGCAUCCGCGAAAUAAAUGUAAAAGGUUACCCACAUAUGAUGUCCACUGGUUUCGCUGAAGUGGUGUCUUCUUACUCUCCUUCGCUCUUGGAAAAGUUUGUCUCGCUGAGGGUGCUUAAUCUAAGCAAUUUAGAACUUAAGCAGUUACCAUCUUCCAUUGGAGAUCUAGUACAUUUAAGAUACUUGAACCUGUCUGGCAAUAGGAUGCGUAGUCUUCCAAAGCAGUUAUGCAGGCUUCAAAAUCUGCAGACUCUUGAUCUACAUAAGUGCCAGUCACUUUCUUGUUUGCCAAAACAAACAAGUAAACUUGGUAGUCUCCGAAAUCUUUUACUUGAUCAUUGUUAUGAAUGGACUUGUAUGCCACCAAGGAUAGGAUCUUUGACAUGCCUUAAGACUCUAGGUCGCUUUGUUGUGGGUGAGAGGAAAGGUUAUCAACUUGGUGAACUACGAAACCUGAAUCUCCAAGGCUCAAUUUCAAUCACACACCUUGAGAGAGUGAAGAACGAUACAGAGGCAAAAGAAGCCAACUUAUCUGCAAAAGCAAAUCUGCACUCUUUAAGCAUGAGUUGGGAUAUAUAUGGACCACAUAGAUAUGAAUCAGAAGUGCUUGAAUGCCUCAAACCACACCCCAAUCUGAAAUAUUUAGAAAUCAUAGGCUUUAGUGGAUUCCGUCUCCCAGACUGGAUCAAUUACUUAUUUUUGGAAAGGGUCGUCUCUAUUAUAAUUAAUGGUUGCGGAAACUGCUCGUGCUUACCACCAUUUGGUGAGCUGCCUUGUCUAGAAAGUCUACAGUUAUGGAAAGGGUCUGUGAAGGUGGAUUAUGUUGAGGAAGAGGAUAUUGAUGUUCAUUCUAGAUUCCCCAGAAGAAUAAGGUUUCCAUCUCUGAGAAAACUUAUUAUAGGCGGAUUUCGUAAUCUGAAAGGAUUGCUGAAAAAGGAAGUAGAAGAGCAAUUCCCUGUGCUUGAAGAGAUGACGAUUUACUGGUGCCCUAUGUUUGUUAUUCCGACACUUUCUACUGUCAAGACAUUGGAAGUUUAUGGGGACAUGGCAGAUGCAACAGGUUUCAGGUCCAUAUCUAAUCUUAGGGCUCUUACUUUCCUCCACAUUAGGCGUAACAAAGCUUCUUCGCUCCCAGAAGAGAUGUUCAAAAGCCUUGCAAAUCUCAAAUACUUGACUAUCUCUUUCUUGGAGAAUCUCAAAGAGCUGCCUACCAGCCUGGCUAGUCUCCAUGCUUUGAAGCGUCUGAAAAUUGAAUAUUGUUGGGCACUAGAGAAACUCCCCCAGGAAGGGCUGGAAGGCUUUACUUCACUCACGGAGUUAUCUGUUUAUAACUGUAAGAUGUUAAAAUGUUUGCCCGAGGGAUUGCAGCACCUAACAGCCCUCACAAGUUUAACAAUUAGGGAAUGUCCAGAACUGGAAAAGCGGUGUGAAAUGGGAAUAGGAGAAGACUGGCAUAAAAUUGCUCAUAUUCCUGAUGUGUUUAUCCGUUAAGCCUUAUUCCCAAUAGAGGUCCUUCCUUCCAUUGGAUGCAAUUUUCUGAUUUUCUUUUGGAAACAAGUCAACGAUUUCUUAAGAUCCAUUUGUAUUAUACUUGUCGACUAUCACUUAGAGCAGAUGUCUAAAAUGUUUCUGAGAGAGUAACUAUAGGUCAGCAAUUUCUGAUGGAGAACGAACAUCCCAUGAUAUUUGCUUAUUUUUAAUAUUAUUAAGAGUCAUGAUUAAUUUUCUUAAUUAAGAAAUAAAUAUGUACUCUGGCUAUAUAUGUUUAGGUACAUUUUGAGUUAAAAACUGUUAAAUUAAUAAACUUCCUUUUUCCUUUGAUGGUUGAUGAAAAACUAUGGAACCAAUAGGAUUACUCACCUAAGAUAGCUGAGGAAGUAUAGUGUCUACUAUUGUAAAGAGAAAAUGAAGUG